AUGGUCAGCCCCAAGCACAACAACCGGGACUCCGACAUCCCACAAAUUCCUCCCCAGUCCCCCGGGUCUGAAGCCUUCGGCAUCGAGAGCAUCAUCUACAAGUCCGACCGGCCGUCCAACAUCCCCAUCCCAACUACCAAUGCCGCUGCCAGCACCAACCAUGGUAACCGUGGUCCAUCCAACCCCAAUCGACCUCCCAGUCGUCCAUUCUCAGCCUCUACCGCUCCCCAUAUCAACAACACGGCAAACACCAAUACCUUUGUAGCCAACACGAAUGGCCAGCAGCCCUUCGCAUCAGCCUAUCCCCGUCCUUCUACCCCUUUCCGCACUUCAAUCCACCCCAAGCUCCGUUUCUUGACACCAUCGGAAUGGGCCCGCAUCGCUCACAGCAUCGGCGGCAUCGCGGACCCUUCUUCCGAGUCUCGCAACGUCGUCCACCCCACCUGCUGGUACUGGCCACCCCGUGGCAUGCCCGAAGGCCUCUAUCGGGAUAUCGUGCUAGGGGCGGUCUUGACGGCUCUGGGAGCAUGGGGAGGCAGCGAAGGUGUCGGCACAGGGACCCCAAUCACGAUCCUCGCAGCUGUAAACACCACAAUUGCUGGGCUGUUGGCGCUCAUGCAUAAUAGUGGUCUUCCGGAUCGGUUGAGGUUGAACAAGGUCGAGUUUGAGCAGGUAGCGGAUCAUCUCAAGGAACUCCUCGACACGGGCAUUGUCGAAGUGGGCCAAGGAGUGGACGAUGUCCUCAACAAUUGCUUCUCGCGAUUUCACACAGCUAAGGCUACCGUGUGGGCCAAUAUGCCUGAUUCGUAUACCUCGUCGUCUGCCGCCAGCAGAGACAAACCGCAGAUAAUCUGCCCGGAUCCGACCAUCCACCUUAUGGUGAACCACGAGCAGGAAUCCAUCCAGAGAGAGUGA